CAUUUUUAAUAAUAAUAAUAAUAGUAAUUUACUUAUUUAUUACAUUAAUUGCAGUUGUUAAAAUCACAAAUAUUUUUUUUGGGCCCCUCCGAACCUCUAACUAAUGAUAAAUAAAUUUUUACCAAUUCGAAAAACUCACCCUAUUUUAAAAAUUAUUAAUAGUACUUUAAUUGAUUUACCAACCCCAUCUAAUAUCUCUAUCUGAUGAAAUUUUGGAUCUCUUUUAGGAAUUUGUUUAAUAGUACAAAUUAUUACAGGAUUAUUUUUAACUAUAUAUUAUACAGCAAAUAUUGAAUUAGCAUUUUAUAGAGUAAACUAUAUUUGUCGAAAUGUAAAUUAUGGAUGAUUAAUUCGAACUAUUCAUGCAAAUGGAGCAUCUUUCUUUUUUAUUUGUAUUUAUAUCCAUAUUGGACGAGGAAUAUAUUAUGAAUCAUUUAAUUUAAAAUAUACUUGAAUUAUCGGAGUUUUAAUUUUAUUUCUUUUAAUAGCAACAGCUUUCAUAGGUUAUGUAUUACCUUGAGGACAAAUAUCUUUCUGAGGAGCAACAGUAAUUACAAAUCUUUUAUCAGCUAUCCCCUAUUUAGGAAAUAUAUUAGUUACUUGAAUUUGAGGAGGAUUUGCUGUAGACAACGCCACAUUAACCCGAUUUUAUACUUUUCAUUUUUUAUUACCAUUUAUUGUUUUAAUAAUAGUAAUAAUUCACUUAUUAUUUUUACAUAUAACAGGAUCUAAUAACCCUUUAGGAAUAAAUAGAAAUUUAGAUAAAAUUCCAUUCCACCCCUUCUUCUCUUUUAAAGAUUUAAUCGGAUUCAUUAUCAUACUAUUCCUAUUAAUUACAUUAACAUUAACUAACCCUUACCUUCUUGGUGACCCUGAUAAUUUUAUUCCUGCUAACCCUUUAGUUACCCCUGUCCACAUUCAACCAGAAUGAUAUUUCUUAUUUGCAUAUGCCAUUCUCCGAUCAAUCCCAAAUAAACUAGGAGGAGUAAUUGCACUAGUAUUAUCAAUUUUAAUUUUAAUUAUUCUCCCUUUUACAUUCAAUAAAAAAAUUCAAGGAAUCCAAUUUUACCCAAUUAAUCAAAUUAUAUUUUGAUCACUAGUUACUAUUAUUAUUUUAUUAACUUGAAUUGGAGCCCGUCCUGUAGAAGAUCCAUAUAUUAUCACAGGACAAAUUUUAACUAUUUUAUACUUUAGCUACUACUUAACAACCCCUCUUAUUAAUAAAUUUUGAGAUAAUUUAAUUUUUAACUAAAUUAAUGAGCUUGUUAAAGCAUUUGUUUUGAAAACUUAAGAAAGAAUAAAUUAUUCUAUUAAUUUAUACUAAUUAAAAUUUUAUAUAAAAAUUUUUAAGCCAAUAUAUAAUAAUAAAAAAUUUAAAGAAAUAGGUAAAUAAAUUUUUCAAGCUAAAUAUAUUAAUUUAUCAUAACGAUAACGAGGUAAAGUUCCUCGCACUCAAAUAAAUAAAAAAGAUAUUAAACUUAACUUUAAAUAAAAAAUUAAUCUUAAUCUAUACCCUCCUAAAUAAAAUAAAACAAUUAACAUUCUUAUAAAUAAAAUUCUUGAGUAUUCAGCUAAAAAAAUUAAAGCAAAUCCACCUCUUCUAUACUCAAUAUUAAACCCUGAAACUAAUUCUCUCUCCCCCUCAGCAAAAUCAAAAGGAGUCCGAUUUGUCUCUGCUAAUCUAGAAGAAAUUCAACAUAAACUCAAAGGAUAUAUUAUAACAAUAAAUCAAAUUAAAUUUUGAUAAAUACUAAAUAUAAUUAUAUUAAAAUCUAUAACUAUAAUAAUUCUAGAUAAUAAAAUUAAAGCUAAUCUAACUUCAUAUGAAAUAGUUUGAGCAACUGCCCGUAAACCCCCUAAUAAAGCAUAAUUAGAAUUUGAAGAUCACCCAGCAAUUAUAACUGUAUAUACCCCCAAACUAGUACAACAUAAAAAAAAUAAAAUACCUAAAUUAAAUCUAAUUAAAUUAAAAUAAUAAGGAAUUACUAAUCAAAUUAUCAAAGAUAAUAUAAAACUAAUAACAGGAGAAAAAUAAUAAGAUAAAUAAUUAGAAUAAUUAGGAUAAGUUUGCUCCUUAGUAAAUAAUUUAAUAGCAUCAGAAAAAGGCUGCAAAAUUCCUAUAUAACCUACCUUAUUAGGUCCUUUACGAAUUUGAAUAUAACCUAAUAAUUUACGCUCUAAUAAAGUUAAAAAAGCAACACCUACUAAUACACCAAUAAUUAAAAAAAUAACACCCAAAAAAAUCAUAAUAAAAUCCUUAAAUAUCAUUUACUACCUAUAUAAUAAAUUAUAUAUAAAUGAAUUCUAAAUUCAUCACAUUUCUCUGCCAAAAUAGCUAUAUUUACAAUAUAAACUAUUAAUAAAUUUAUUUUUAAUUUAAUAAAAUUCAUACAAUUAAAUUUAAUUUAUAUACUUAUUCCUUUCGUACUAAAAUAUAUUAUUUAACUAAAGAUAGAAACCAACCUGGCUCACGCCGGUUUGAACUCAGAUCAUGUAAGAUUUUAAUGAUCGAACAGAUCAAAAAAUUUAAACUUUUGCAUUUAAUUUUUAUCUUAAUCCAACAUCGAGGUCGCAAACUUUAUUUCUUAUUUGAACUAAAAAAUAAAAUUACGCUGUUAUCCCUAAGGUAAUUUUUUCUUAUAAUCUAAAUUUUAGGAUCAAUUAUUCACUUAUUAAUGAACUUUAUUAAAAAAAGUUAAUUUUAUUUUUCUAUCACCCCAACAAAAUACAUUAAAAAUUUUAAUAUUAAAAUAUUAAUACAUAACCUAAAAUUUUUAAUAUAUAAAACUCUAUAGGGUCUUCUCGUCUUUUAAUAUUAUUUCAGCUUUUUAACUAAAAAAUUAAAUUCUAUUCCUAAAUAAAAGACAGUUUAUAUCUCAUCCAAUCUUUCAUACAAGUCACCAAUUAAGAGACUAAUGAUUAUGCUACCUUUGUACAGUCAAAAUACUGCAGCCCUUUAAUUUAUCAUCAGUGGGCAGAUUAGACUUUAAAUUAUUAAUACAAAAAGACAUGUUUUUGAUAAACAAGUGAAUAUAAAAUUUUGCCGAAUUCCUUUUAAUUAUUUUUUUAUCUUUAUAUAAUU